CUUGUUUCACGUCGAUGUGGGUACUCGACAGUCCAGAAAGGACGGAUAGAUAAGCAGCUGCGGCUGGAGCUAAUGUUUCAUUAGCUAAAACCCUUUUUGUUGUUGUCGUUUUGCCUUUGUUACAAGCUGCUGUAUUCACUAUUGACUGAGCUACUUUUAUGAAUGUGAUGGAUGCCCGAGGGGUAGAAAAAUAAGCAGCAAUAGAUAACCCCGCCUUGCCAGCGAGCAAAACUGAAAGGAUUUCAUAUUUAUGUUGGAAUUUCCUUUUUCCUUUUUUUGCCGCUGAUGAAUUUUUUUUCCUUCAUUGACAUGAUGUGUGUUUGGACUGCCUCUGCCCGGAACUGAGCUGUCUCCGAAAGCAGGCACGACUUUUACACAUCUUGGCUUGGAAUUUGAGCGUGCAUUCCUAAAAGUUCACCUGUUAGCACUAACUGUUGGGCCACUGGGUAAGAUGGAGGCAACUGGUGCGUCCACAGAUGUUCUCCUGCAGAAACCAUGGCUUCCUGUUUCCAUUGAUGGCUGCCAACUGCUUGCAAAGAGUUGCUUUGGGGACACAAGGUACCAAAUCCUGCUGACUGACCUGCACUGCGUGUGGGAGGAGACUUUGCACUCGACAGCCAUCCAGAGCCGCGCUCAGGAGCUGAACAAGCGUCUGCAAGCCCCAGUCAAAGCGUUCUUCUCACACCUGUGCGAGUUGGUUCAGCCGUGUCUGUCAGGCAGUAGUCGGCUGCCCAAAGACGAAGCUGGCAUCUCUGUGAUGCAACUGGAUGGCGGUGACUUGAGCUUGAGGCUGAAGAGCAAGCUAUUAGGGUUGCCCUUCUAUUGGGAGUUUCGCUGCACCCCCGCUCCCAUCACUGUGGUGUGUCUUCAUCUGGUACAGCCCUUGUUGUCUAUGAGCCACGUGCUGAACCGGCAGGUGGAGCAGCUGGAAGGCUUGCUGGCCAGGAAGGAUGCUGAGAUCCAAGACUACAAGGAGAAUGGAGCCACACUCAGCAGAGCACGCCUGCAGACGGACAUUUUUGAGCGGCAUAUCUACAAAGGAAGCUUCCUGGCAAAGACUCUUCCUGUGGUUUGUUGUGACCCUCACGGCAUCUGGGACUUUGGAGGAGACCUCCAGGAGCUUUAUACUGCCAUCGUUUCACACGGAAUCAUGCGCAAACGCAAACUGUCUGAGCAGGACCAGUUGGUUGCCACGGGACCUGACCCCACAGCUUCCUCAGCCGCUGAAGCAGGUGCUGAGGGAGGAGAAGCCGACAGCGAGCCGAACCACACUAGUCCAAUGGAGGAAGCUGGGGACCACAUGGUCCACACAGCCACGGCACCGCAGCUCGUCACCUGUGGCCGUGCUGAGCGAGUGUCUUCCAAAGCAAAGAAGAAGAAAGUGGUGGGCUUGUUCAGAUGAGCGCCAGGAGUGGGCAAUGCCUUUUUAAAUGCAUGGACAUAUUUAAAUGAAUUACGUUUAGAUAGUUUUGAAUCUUUUAGACUCAAUGUUAAUCCAUUAUUUUAAUGAUUUUUAUCAUGGGAGAUAGGCCUUUUAUCUGAGAUUUCACAUUUAAAAUAAAUUAUUUUUCUAUUGAACUAAACAAGCUGUCAGAUAAAUCUUAUUUGCUGAA